AUGUGCCAGCCUGCCUAUCAUAUACCCUUCCCAUCUGGCCUCUCCUGCAGCGUAAUGCCUGAAGGCCCUUUGGGUACAUGGAUCCUCAUAAGCGACCACGACUACAUCAAAGAAAGUCCACCAAGGAGAGUCAACCAAGGAGAGUCCACCAAGGAGAGUCCACCAAGGAGAGUCCACCAAGGAGAGUCCACCAAGGAAAGUCAACCAAGGAGAGUCUACCAAGGGAUAGUCCACCAAAGGAGAGUCAACCAAGGAGAGUCUACCAAGGAGAGUCCACCAAAGGAGAGUCAAGCAAAGGAGAGUCAACCAAGGAGAGUCAACCAAGGAGAGUCCACCAAGGAGAGUCAACCAAGGAGAGUCAACCAAAGGAGAGUCAACCAAAGGAGAGUCAACCAAGGAGAGUCAACCAAAGGAGAGUCAACCAAAGGAGAGUCAACCAAAGGAGAGUCCACCAAAGGAGAGUCCACCAAAGGAGAGCCCACCAAGGGAGAGUCCACCAAAGGAGAGUCAACCAAGGAGAGUCCACCAAAGGAGAGUCCACCAAGGGAGAGUCCACCAAAGGAGAGUCCACCAAGGAGAGUCCACCAAGGAGAGUCCACCAAAGGAGAGUCCACCAAAGGAGAGUCAACCAAGGAGAGUCCAACAAAGGAGAGUCAACCAAAGGAGAGUCAACCAAGGAAAGUCCAUCAAAGGAGAGUCCACCAAGGAGAAUCCACCAAGGAGAGUCCACCAAAGGAGAAGUCCACCAAGGAAAGUCCACCAAGGAAAGUCCACCAAGGAAAGUCAACCAAAGGAGAGUCAACCAAGGAAAGUCCACCAAAGGAGAGUCAACCAAGGGAGAGUCCACCAAGGGAGAGUCAACCAAGGGAGAGUCCACCAAGGAGAGUCCACAAGGAGAGUCAACCAAGGAGAGUUCACCAAGGAGAGUCCACCAAGGAGAGUCCACCAAAGGAGGGUCAACCAAGGAGAGUCCACCAAGGAGAGUCAACCAAGGAGAGUCAACCAAAGGAGAGUCAACCAAGGAGAGUCCAUCAAAGGAGAGUCAACCAAGGGAGAGUCCACAAGGAGAGUCAACCAAGGAGAGUCAACCAAGGAGAGUUCACCAAGGAGAGUCCAUCAAAGGAGAGUCAACCAAGGGAGAGUCCACAAGGAGAGUCAACCAAGGAGAGUUCACCAAGGAGAGUCCACCAAGGAGAGUCCUUAUCUCAGUGGCAUUGGGACCAGAGGGACGUCGUGCGCGGGGCGGAGGACACGACGAAGCGGAGGCGGGGCCUCACCUGCCGCCUCAGCCUUCCUGAAGCGACUCGUCUCGGAACCCUCGACAGCAGGAAGUCGUCCUUGGAAGCGACCACAACGACUACGUCAAGGAGAGUCCUUCAAAGUGAACCCAUCAAGGAGAGUCUUUCGCUCAGUGGCAUUCGGACCAAAAGGACUUCAAGAGCUCGGCAGAAGACGUGA